GAGUCUUGCUCUGUCGCCCAGGCUGGAGUGCAGUGGCGCAAUCUCGGCUCACUGCAAGCUCCACCUCCCGGGUUCACGCCAUUCUCCUGCCUCAGCCUCUCUGAGUAGCUGGGACUACAGGCGCCCGCCACCACGCCCGGCUAAUUUUUUGUAUUUUUGGUAGAGACGGGGUUUCACUGUGGUCUCGAUCUCCUGACCUCGUGAUCCACCCGCCUCGGCCUCCCAAAGUGCUGGGAUUACAAGCAUGAGCCACCGCGCCCGGCCUUUCUUUUCUUUCUUUCUUUCCUUCUUUCCUUCCUUCCUUCCUUCCAUCCUUCAUUUCCUCCCUUCCUCCCUCCCUCCCUCUCUCCCUCUCUCCCUCUCUCUCUUUCACAGUCUCACUCUGUCACCCAAGCUGGAGUGCAGUGGUGCCAUCUCAGCUCACUGCAACCUCCGCCUCCCAGAUUCAAGUGAUUCUCCUGCCUCAGCCUCCAGAGUAGCUGGGAUUACAGGGAAAGGAACACAGGUCUGGAAGAAGAACGGAGCCAUCUAUGAAGGGGACUGGAAGUUUGGGAAGCGAGACGGCUAUGGCACCCUCAGCCUUCCUGACCAACAGAUAGGAAAGUGCAGGAGAGUCUACUCAGGCUGGUGGAAAGGUGAUAAGAAAUCGGGUUAUGGGAUCCAGUUUUUCGGACCCAAGGAGUAUUAUGAGGGUGAGUGGUGUGGCAGCCAGCGCAGCGGGUGGGGCCGCAUGUACUACAGCAACGGCGACAUCUAUGAGGGACAGUGGGAGAACGACAAGCCCAACGGGGAAGGCAUGCUGCGCCUGAAGAACGGGAACCGCUAUGAGGGCUGCUGGGAGAGUGGCAUGAAGAACGGGGCCGGGCGUUUCUUCCAUCUGGACCAUGGCCAGCUGUUUGAAGGCUUCUGGGUGGACAAUAUGGCCAAAUGCGGGACGAUGAUCGACUUUGGCCGUGACGAAGCCCCUGAGCCCACUCAGUUCCCCAUUCCUGAGGUCAAAAUCCUAGACCCUGAUGGUGUGCUGGCGGAAGCCUUGGGCAUGUUCAGGAAGACAGAGGAAGGAGAUUGAUGCCAGCUCCACCAUCCCCCUCUCUCCUGCAGAGAACACAAACGCUUCAGGAGAAAUUCAAGCCUGUGUCACCCGAUCGCUCAGACCAGUGCGGCUCUGGCUGGAGGAGUCAGCAGCGGCUCCAGGCAUGCCCCUGGCACCCUCAGAGGGCCCCUCACCCCCCCCAGCACUGGGUCGUUCCUUGCCAAUAGGAAGGCCGGUGCUUCUCUCCCAGGCUGUCCUCGGGACCCUCUUCAUUCUCUGAUCUCAUCCUGGAGUGCAUGAGAAUAAAGAAUAACCAAGUGGUAUAA